AAACAGGUGAUGCUCCUGGCCAGCGAACGCUCUCUGGAUGCAGGCCGGGCUGCGGCGAGAAGGAUGUUAUAGGCAAGCGGAGGUGAACGCCGGCGGCAGGAGAGAACUUACCGAGGGAGGGGAGGGGAGGGCAAAGCAAGCCAAACUUUGACGGAGGCCUACAUCGCCGAGCAGCGGCUGCAAGCAGAACCCCGAGCUUCUCCAGAGAGACGUAGACGGACAGACAAACUUUGGCUCUUCGUCUCUUUCGAAGACUUCUGUUUUUUGUGGGGGGGGGAACGAACACUUGGCUGUGUGAAUCUCGUGACUACUUGGGGCUUGGUGGAUAUUGUCCUUUAAAAAAACACACACAGAAACAAGAAAAAAAUUCUUUUUAGAGUCAUCUGUUCUACUGGAUCAGACUUUUUAAAUGUUUGGAAUUCAAGAUACGUUAGGAAGAGGACCAGCUCUGAAAGAGAAAGCCCUAGGCUCGGAGAUGGAUUCGGUCCGGUCCUGGGUUCGAAACGUCGGAGUGGUGGAUGCAAACGUUGCGGCACAAAGCGGGGUAGCCCUGUCCCGGGCUCAUUUUGAGAAACAGCCUCCUUCCAACUUGCGAAAAUCCAAUUUCUUCCACUUCGUCUUGGCCCUCUAUGAUCGGCAGGGUCAGCCGGUGGAGAUCGAAAGGACCGCCUUCGUGGACUUCGUGGAGAACGACAAAGAACAAGGCAAUGAGAAGACCAAUAAUGGCACCCACUACAAGUUGCAGCUCCUCUAUAGCAACGGGGUCAGGACCGAGCAAGACCUCUUUGUCCGGCUCAUCGACUCCGUCACGAAGCAGCCCAUAGCUUAUGAGGGACAGAACAAGAACCCAGAGAUGUGCCGAGUUCUACUCACACACGAAGUCAUGUGCAGUCGGUGCUGUGAGAAGAAGAGCUGCGGGAACCGCAAUGAGACGCCUUCAGACCCGGUCAUCAUUGACAGGUAG